AUGUCCACCACCACCUCCCCGCCCGCCCCCGCGCCCCUAAGCACAACCCACCACCUCCUCCCCCUCGCCACCUGCACGCCCCCCUCGACCGCGCGCACCUGGCAAACCGCCCCGCACCCGCACCUCCCGCUCCUCGCGACCGCCUGCGCCGACCGCACCGUGCGCGUCUACUCCCUGUCCAACUUCGCGCUGGCAACCACCAUCUCGGGCGGGCACAAGCGCUCCGUGCGCGCGCUGGCGUGGAAGCCUGCGUCCCGCGGAGCGAGCACGCUCGCGACGGGGAGUUUCGACGCGUCGGCGGGGAUAUGGCGGAAGUGGGAGGGCGGAGCGGGGGGGGACGCGACCAGCAGCGACGACUUCACGCAUUCGCACAAGACGGACGAGGACGAGGAAGAGGAAGAAGAAGAAUACAACUUCGCGAGUAUCCUCGACGGGCACGACUCGGAGAUCAAGAGCGUGGCGUGGAGCGCGUCCGGGCAGUACCUCGCGACGUGCUCGCGGGAUAAGAGCGUGUGGAUCUGGGAAGAGCUCGAGGACGACGACUCGUUCGAGACGGUGGCGGUGCUGCAGGAGCACGAGGCCGACGUCAAGUGUGUGGCCUGGCAUCCGGAGAGCGAUGUGCUGGCGAGCGCGAGCUAUGAUGAUACGGUUAGGAUAUAUCGGGAGGAUGUGGAUGAUUGGGCGCAGGUGGCGCGGUUGGAAGGGCAUGGGAAGACGGUGUGGUGGGUGGAGUUUGAAGGGAGUGGGAUGGGGAGAGUUUUGGAGGCUGGGGUGGAUGGGAGGGAGGGGAGGAGGAAGGUGCUGGAGGAGAGGGAGAGGGCGGGGCCGAGGCUGUUGUCGGCGAGUGAUGAUUGCACGGUUAGGAUUUGGAGGAAGGUGGUGAAGGAGGAGGAGGGCGGCGGACAGGGCACCGCUGGGGGUGUGCCGAGUAUAUUCAGGAAGAGCAUCGAGGAGGAGUGGGUUACGGAGGCAGUUCUGCCGCUCAGGCACGACAGAGCAAUCUAUGCGGCGUCGUGGAGUCGGCGGUCGGGCAUGAUUGUUAGCACCGGGAGCGACGGUCGUAUCGUGGUGUAUAAGGAGCAGUGGAAAGCUAACGAGCCCAAGGGGGUCGAAAAGCCUGUCGGUGUAGAGGGAAACGAGGCAGCGACGUUAACAGAAUGGGUCGUCGUUGCGGAAAUCGAGGGCGCGCACGACGUCUUCGAGAUCAACCACGUCUGCUGGGCAAAGCGAUACGACAAGGGCAAGCGGAGCGAAGAUGAAGAAGUCAUUGUCAGCACCGGCGACGACGGCGAGGUCAAGGUAUGGACACUGGAGGAAGUGAGCAGCAACAACGGUGGUGCUUGAAGAAGCCAUAUCAUAUUGUGUCAAGCCCCCCACACAGUACAAAUGCAAGCCGGAGCCAAUCUACCAAGGUUGAAGUGAAUUGAAUUACCUCUCAAAAGUAUUCAAUCUAUCUAUCUACCUCAAAAGCUUCGCCCGGCUCCGCCCUCAAAGGCGUUCUCAAACGCCCUGUGGCCAGCCCUCUUCGCAAACAGAGUUAAUACCUCAUACCCGAUACAAACAAGAAACAAUCCAAAAGCCAAGUCCCAUUUCUUGGGCCCAAGAACUGUAAUCCAAAAAAAUAAACCCUCUGCCCCCCCUG